AUGAGAUUGCAAUCUGGCAUCCAGCGGAACUCGGUAAAGAAUGCGCGCCACUGGCGUAGAAGUACCACCCCUGAAAAGAACUACAAUAGCCGCAUCCCGGCAUUUUGGAACAAAUUACCAUCGUUACCUCCGAGCCACAACUCUCUACCAAGCUUUCAGGAUGUGUUCUCUCAACUAGAAGGAGAAAAGACCAUAUCUGGAGCAUCUGCAACGUCAACAGCAGUCCCUCCGAUACCCCUGGCUAACGACACGGAGGAUGGGCCCUUAUUUCGGGCCACUGUUGUGGAAUGCGAGCAGCAUAUCCGUAACAUGAAAUCGGCUACGAAACGGAUUUUGAAGGCUGCACAGAAUGUUUUAGAAACCAGGAAGGCAUGGGUGGCUGCGGAGGAAGCUCUUGUCAAGGAGUUGAAUUUGAUGAAGGCGGCAGAACCUUUAGUGCAACAAUACUUGCGGCCAUUAACAACUCAACUUGCAGGCCAGUCUGAGACGCUGACGCAGUAUAUGAAGACUUUUAUCAUUGAGCCCUUAUCACAAUUUUACGGAGUUGAUAUCAAAGAAGCAGAAAUGCGUCGGAAAUCGUUUGAUGAGGAAAGCAAGGAGUUUUACAGCUUUCUAUCGCGAUACAUGAGCAUAAAGCAGGAUAAUACUCAAAAAAAGAUGGAAGCGGACGCAAAGCACGAAAAGAAACGGCGGCACUUCGAACGCAAGCGACUCGAGUAUUGGAACUUUUUGAUUGAAAUGAAGGCUGGCGGCAGUAAAGGGGAUGAAAUUUGUGUCAAUCUUACCAACUAUGCAGAGAAGCAUUGCCAGUGUAUUUUCGACAUGGGCACAGUCGCAGAAGGGCUCCGACCGGAGCUGGCUACUAUUGCUACCACCAAUAGGCAGCGAAUGGAUCAGCACAAGGCUCGCCAAGCCGUUGAAAAUUCCCUUGCGUUACUGCGCCCUCCUUCAAGGCAGUACACCAAGGACGGGCCUGGCCUACCUUUGGCAUCUGAUGCCAACACUCCCACUUCUGCGGAUAACCCAUCUCAACCUAGUAACGCCAGUUCGCUCAGUAUCUCGGGCAUUCGUGACCUAGAACACCAGGAUAUCGAUGCUGGCCUCGCUCUGGGGAGACGUAAGGAAGGUUUUCUAUUUGCAACCAGCCGACCGAGUGGGCACAAUAACACUGUCCUUGAGAAACCCAAUAUCAAUUGGCACAAAUACUGGUGUGUUCUAUCUGAGGGCCAACUCUAUGAGUAUUCUCACUGGAGAAAAGGUGUCACUCAGCCUCAUAACGACCCUAUUAACCUUCGAAUUGCUACGGUUCGUUCGUGUCGCGACCAAGAUCGAAGAUUUUGUUUCGAAGUAAUCACACCAAAGUUCAGAAGAGUUUACCAAGCAACAAGUGCGGAAGAUAUGAACUCUUGGAUAAAUGUUAUCUCAAAUGCGAUUCAGGGCCUCUUGAACGGGACAAGUAGCUGUCGAAACCUGAACUUGGAGUAUGCAAGAAUACAGCCGGGUCAAGCGGUUGGUCGGAAACGUGGAGGCAGUGCAGCUGAUGCUCUGACUGAGCUUGGGCAGUUCAUUCACCCAAAAGGCGAGGCCGGGGAUUCAUCUGAUAGCAAUAACGUUCCUCAAGAUUCGGAUCAACUUGGCACUCAACUACUGAGAUUAAUGCGAGAGAAACAUCCAAGUAACACCAUCUGUGCUGAAUGUGGCGCCAAGAACCCAGAUUGGUGCGUAAUCAACCUCGGUAUCUUAGUGUGUAUAGAAUGCUCUGGUAUCCACAGAGGUCUUGGGACCCAUAUCUCCAAAGUACGCUCGCUGACCCUGGAUACAACAUCAUAUACAAAGGAUCUUUUUGAGUUCAUUCGUUCAGUGGGCAACAACAUCUCAAACGACAUUUGGGAGGCAAACCUUAUCACCCCAGAUGGUCUCUUGCAUAAGGCCACCGCGCAACCCGCAGAAGCCAAA